AUGCACAUUUGCCACGUCAAGAAGCUUCUCGCUACCGUUGACCCCAAGACCCCGUCGGAGACAUCCCGUCGUGUCAGCCGUAAGUAUUAUGGGCACUUCCGUUUCACAUUGCCGAUACAGGAGGGAGCAGCUUUCAAAAUCCCGACAGAAACAAAUCGAUGCCAUUUAGACAGGCAGAAACGCCAAUCGGUUCGUUAUGCUUUGCCAUGCGUCGAAUUCAACGCUUGGCCGGCUGCGAAUGACGCUAACUUCUCGCUGGAAUCAGCAAACCAGCUCAGCACAUCGUCCUGGUUCGCAUCUUGGGCCACCCCUUCGGGAUAUUGCUCGACGAAAGCCCGGUUAAAGCGCCAAACGUCGCCUAAGCCCGAGAACUAG